CAGCUCCUGAUAAUCCAAAAGCCAAUAAAAAGGCAGUUUGCCUAUCAUGUAUUCGAAAAUAUACACUACCUGUUGCACUUACAAAUCCUGAAUGCUUUAUUUCAAACAAGGCAAAAUUAUGCCGAAGCUACCUUAAAGAUUGUCCAAAUUUUAGAGCAGAAUAUAGUGUAGAUGAGGUUUCAGAGAUUCUUGCAUGA